AGUUCAAAUCUGUUAUUAUAAACCAAUAGUGGCGAUUGAGUACGACGUAUUGAUACAACUGGAAUGGUUUAUUCCGCUAGCUGGCUUCAGCUGUCAGAGGGAGGGACAGCAUGGCGUCCGAACAGGAGAGCUCCAAUGGGCCCAUCAAGCGAUCUAUGAGGGAGAAGGCCAUAGAGAGGAGGAGCAUCAACAAGGAGCACAACAGCAAUUUCAAGGCUGGCUAUGUGCCCAUCGAGGAGGAACGUCUGCACAAGACGGGCCUGCGUGGCCGUAAAGGCAAUAUGGCCGUCUGUAUCAUCGUGCUGCUUUUCCUGCUGGCGCUCAUCAACCUCAUAAUCACACUGGUCAUCUGGACGGUGAUCCGCAUCGGCCCCAAUGGCUGUGACAGCAUGGAGUUCCACCAGAGUGGGCUGCUGCGUUUCAAGCAGAAGGCAGAUAUGGGCGUAGUGCACCCCCUGCACAAGAGCACUGUGGGCGGCCGCAGGAAUGAGGAUCUGGUCAUCACAGGCAACAAUAACCCAGUGGUAUUCCAACAAGGCUCAACAAAGUUGAGUGUGGAGAAGGAGAAGACGUCCAUCACCAGUGACCUGGGUGUGUCCUUCACUGACCCACGCACCCAGAGUACCUUCUUCAGCACCGACUAUGAGAACCAUGAGUUCCACCUGCCCAAAGGCGUCCGAGUCCUCAACGUACGGAAGGCCUCCACUGAGAGGAUCACUAGCAACGCCUCCUCGGAUCUGACUAUCAAAGGGGAUGGCAAAGCCAUUGUCCGGGGUAAUGAAGGAGUCUUCAUCAUGGGGAAGACAGUGGAGUUCAGGAUGGGUGGAGACAUCGAGCUCAGAGCUGAGAACAGCAUAGUCCUGAACGGCUCAGUGAUGGUGAGCCCGUCCAGGAUCCCUAACUCAUCGACGGGGGGGCAGCUGCUAUUUGAUGAGGGCCUGGAACGCUAUAAGCUGUGUAUGUGUGAGGACGGUACCCUCUUCCGGGUCCAGGUCAAGUACCAGAACAUGGGCUGCCAGACGUCAGACAACCCUUGUGCCGCAGCUCACUGAGGAGCAACUGUACUGGAUAGAAAACAGCACCCCUGAGUGGCGAGAAAGGGUACUGCAGCUGUCUGACCUGUGGCCUGACAAAUCUUAUUGGCCUGGAGCAGCUGAGUACAGCAUAUAUUAUAUGUAUAUUUUAUGUGUGGGCCACUUACAUUAUCUUAGUUAUUGACAUGGGUGUUUAAUCCUGGUCCUGGGGGGAGGGGCUACAAUUUUUUUAGUUCACUGUAAACCAAGGCUGGCAGAUAUCAGGGCAGCCACAUAUACACAGGUUGUUAUAUGAGUCUGCUCAUAAAUUAGCCUGAUUAUUUUGAUUUUGAAUAUCUGAAGCUGUUUUUCUGUGUCUUUAGUAAAGAAUGUAGUGUGACACAGCCAAAAUACUGGGGGGGGGAUAAGUUCAGGGAAGAUAUUAAGAUCUAGACAUGCAGCAGGACCAGGAUUUGACACCCCAAGCCCAUGUGAGUCCAUACCCUGGGAGUUUCCUGUCUACAACACUUUCUGUUCAUUAACUUUGACAGAAGCCAUCACUUCACAUAAUAUACCAAAAAACAACAGUGUUCAAAAAACUGGUAUCCAAUUGCUAUUAAUUAGAACCAUUCAAUUAAAUUUAAUCCAAUUCUUUUUUCAUCAUAAGACUCAUGCCCAAGAGCGUAUAAUAUCAGAUGUAGAAACCCAACUACAAUUAUAUUUUAUGCACAAUAGCAAAAUAUUUUAUGUCCUAAAAAUAGUCCUGUCCAAUUAAUAAAAAUACUUUUUAAUAUCAUAACAUAUACAGUACUUAAUGUGGGCUCCUGAGGAAAUAGACUGAGAAAACCCUACUUUACAGUCACACCUUUUUACAGAUUGCAUGUGCAUCGACCAUAACCUCCUUGUUUGUAAAACUCGUGUUUGUAAUUUCAGUGUAACGCAGCGGCAGUAUUGUGGUGUGGUGGAAGGCACCCAGGGUUGGUUCACAUUUUCUCUCUUAUCCCCCAUUUCUCUCUGUUCCUGGCAAACUCUGCUGUUCAUGCAGCCCAUCCAACUCUCAUUAAAACCACUACCCAGUUUGGUUCCAGUAUGGGGGAAUUACUGGGGGAGUGGAGAGUCAUUAUGAAAACCUGCAUAUGCACCAGCCUGGUUGGUGGAUUCUGCUGCAUUACUUAAUCUGUGCCCACUUUCAUUGGCAUGAUGUCCUUGUGCAUUAACAGGCAGCUUUAUGAGUGACAGGAAGCUGUGAUUGGAAGGACAAGAAUGCUGGAGCUUAAUGGAGACAAUGUAAUACCCGAUUGAUGCCUGAAACACCAGGAAUGUAGUUACUAUUAUAGUAUUCAAAACUGUGUCAAAUGGGUUCAGGCCCUGCUAGACAUAGGAAACCAUUGCUGCCAAACUGCAUUCAGAAGCAGAUUAAUGACCAGGCUAUUCUAGACUGUAGCCUAGGGCCCCAGCAAACAUCAGGGCCACAUCUUGGGGAAAACUGGAAGAGUUAAAUCUGCAAUACCUGAGAAUCCACAUUGAUGUCAGCCUAGGGCCCCCAGAUAAGUUAAUCCAGUUGUUUACAGUUGUGAUCAGAGCUUGAUAAUGUGCCGUUAUCACCUGAAUCUGGAUCGGCUGCUUCAUAAUUGUUAAACUCAUUUCUAGUGAGUUCCUUGAUAUAGUCAUUAUCAGCUUAAAAAGUAAGUGACAGUAAGGGCUUUAUCUCGUGCCAGUUAAUGUGUUUCCCUGGUUUGCACUGGCAUUUUUUUGCUUUGUGUGUGUAUUUUUAUGGCUCAAAGCAUUAUGUUUUUUUGACUGAGAGGCUCCAUCCUUCACAAGUUUGCAGAAUUAUGCUAAAAUUCACCUGUAAGUGAUGUUUUUAAACAUGGCAUGUACAAAGACACAUUUUUUAUUGAUGAAUCAUGCAUAGAUUUUGUUUGGAAUAGACAACAUAGAAACUCCCUGGUCUGUAUUUAUGUACUAGAAGCUAAUACAAAAUCAGUGGUUGAAAUGAACUAAAAGUCUGGCUACUUGUACUUUACUGGUUAUUAUUAAGUAUGUAUGCUGUGAGUAUGCAAAUGAUUUAUCUCACUGCCAUCUGUGUCCCUCUGCCAGCUACAUUUCUGUUUUGUCCUGCAGUUGAUAAGGCAAGGUCCUCAUCUCUCAGCUGGCAGUUGCUUGCUCUGGAUACUGGGUGGGCUGAAUGGUAACAUUUUGGACUCUGAUUGGAAGGUACUCCAGGGUACUUCACUGCCAGUUCUGGAGGCCAACCUAACUGUUUUGUUUCAAUGUUCGCAUUAUUUAAUAAAUGAAGGUGCUCUGUUUGAA